AAACUGGAAAUGGCAAUGUUUAUUAGCAAACCAAAUUUAAUUUGGAAAUUAGAAGUUCCAAAAUCUUGCAUUUCGAAUGUACCAAUUCGACGAUCUGGAAAUUAUCAACCUUCUAUUUGGGACUAUAAUCAUAUUCAAUCACUGAAGAAUCAUUAUCCAGACGAGAAAUUCAUGAGACGCCGCAAUGAGCUGAAGAUGGAAGUGAAGAUUAUGCUCAGUGAUCGUAACAUGAAGCAAUUGGAGCAGUUGGAGAUUAUUGAUGAUUUGCAAAGGCUUGGAUUGUCUCAUCACUUUGAAGAUGAAAUAUACAGUAUUUUGAAUAACUUAAGUGACAAAAAUAGCAAAAGAGAUCACUUGUAUGCUAAAGCUCUUGAAUUCAGGCUCUUGAGACAACAUGGAUUUAACAUUAUUUCACAAGAAAUUUUUGAUGGUUUCUAUGACAAUACAACUGGUUUUGGUGAAAUUCAUCAUAAUGAGGACACAAAGGGGAUGUUAUAUUUGUAUGAAGCUUCAUUUCUUGCCAUAGAAGGUGAAAAAGAAUUGGAGUUAGCAAGAAAUUUGACAGAAAAACACCUAAGAGAAUAUUUGGCUGAUAAAAAUAAAAAUGAUAUGGAUCAAAAUUUGGUUGAAUUGGUGCACCAUGCCUUGGAGGUUCCACUGCAUUGGAGGAUGUUGAGAUUAGAGACCAAAUGGUUUAUCAAUUAUUACAAGAAAAGACAAGACAUGAUGAUCCCUUUCAUGCUUGAACUUGCUACCCUUGACUUCAAUAUUGUUCAAGAAACUCACAUUAAAGACCUAAAAUAUGUGGCAAGGUGGUGGAAGGAAACAUGCUUAGCAGAGAAUCUGCCAUUUGCUAGAGAUAGGUUGGUGGAGAAUUUUUUUUGGACAAUUGGAGUAAAUUUUCUUCCUCAAUAUGGAUAUUUCAGAAGAAUUGCCACAAAAGUUAAUGCUCUAGUAACCACAAUAGGAUAUGAUGUUUUUGGUACUCUGGAUGAACUACAAAUAUUUACACAUGCCAUCCAAAGAUGGAAUAUCAAAGAAUUGGAUAAACUCCCAGACAAUAUGAAGAUGUGUUAUUAUGCGCUCGAUAACUUUAUUAACCAAGUCGCUGCUGAUGCUUUUGAAGAGCAAGGCAUUUUCAUUUUACCAUAUCUAAGAAAUGCGUGGAGAGAUUUGUGCAAAUCAUACCUGAGAGUAGCAAAGUGGUACCAUAGCCAGUAUAUCCCAAGUAUGGAAGAAUAUAUAGACAAUGCCUGGAUUUCAAUAUCAGCUCCAGUAAUAUUAGUACAUGCGUAUUUCCUCGUUGCCAACCCCGUAAACAAGGAGGCAUUGCAUUACUUGGAGAAUAAUUACCAUGAAAUAAUUCGCUGCUCAGCGUUGAUUUUGAGGCUUGCCAAUGAUUUAGGAACAUCAUCGGACGAGUUGAAAAGGGGUGAUGUGCCAAAAUCAAUACAAUGUUACAUGAACGAAACACAAGCUUCAGAAGAAGAGGCUAGACAAUACAUCAGAGUUUUAAUUAGCCAAACAUGGAAGAAAUUGAACGAAGCUCAUGACCUAGCAGCACACCCCUUCCCUAAGAUAUUUGUUACGUGUGCUAUGAACCUAGCAAGAAUGGCACAAUGCAUGUAUCAGCAUGGUGAUGGCCAUGGUGGUAAUAACUCCACGACUAAAAAUCACAUCAUGGCGUUGCUCUUUGAAUCUGUUCCUCUAGGAUACAAACAUUCUUCAGCAGAAAAAGAGGACGACUCUAUGUUCAACUAUAAAGAGAAAUUCAUGAUCUAG